AUGACUUUUCAUGGAAGUAAAAGCUGCGACCUGCUGACCUCCAUCUCCCAGAGAAACGGUGUCACCUCCACGGUUGGGAGGGGUCCUGUCUAUAAAUACGAGACCACACAGGAUUCAGCCGCGCACACAACUGGACGGACCGUCACUUCCUGCUGGGGAUCGAUAGAAGUUGCCAGAACCCAGUUCACUAGACAGAACCGGUCUCCGGUCCCACUUGACCACAUCGACAGCGACAGAGGAGCCGUACGUCAGAUCUGCUCCUGCUUUCCCCGGGUGAUCCUCCGUCCGGCCUGGGAGACCUCUCCUCGGGUGGUCCUCCCUCCUCGGGUGGUCCUCUCUCCUCGGGUGGUCCUCCCUCCUCCGGUGGUCCUCUCUCCUCGGGUGGUCCUCUCUCCUCGGGUGGUCCUCCCUCUUCCGUCUCCCAUAGGAGGAAGGAUGAAGGGUAUCUCCUGCCCGUCCGCCGACCCGAACUGCACGCGUCUCACCGCGGCGUUGUCGUCAUGGAGCGACUCGGUGCAGGGGUCGUACCGGCUGGUGGAGCUGCCGCCGGCCGCCUCGUCGGUGGCGAUAGUUGAAGAGUUGGCGCCCCCGUUCCCCACUGUGGAUGUUCCAGACCAUGCCCACUACACCAUCGGCUCCGUCAUCCUGGCCAUCGGCAUCACUGGAAUGGUGGGAAACUUUUUGGUCAUCUACGCCUUCAGCAGGAGUCGUAGCCUGAGGACUCCUGCUAACAUGUUCAUUAUUAACCUGGCCGUCACAGACUUGUUGAUGUGCAUCACACAGACUCCCAUCUUCUUCACCACCAGCAUGCAUAAGAGAUGGAUCUUUGGAGAGAAAGGUUGUGAGCUGUAUGCGUUCUGUGGAGCUCUCUUCGGGAUAUGUUCCAUGAUCACUCUCAUGGUGAUCGCUGUGGAUCGAUACUUUGUCAUCACGCGACCUUUGGCCUCCAUCGGUGUGUUGUCACGGAAACGCGCUCUGCUCAUCCUUUCUGCAGCCUGGGCAUACUCUCUGGGCUGGAGCUUGCCGCCUUUUUUCGGCUGGAGUGCAUAUGUUCCUGAGGGUCUGCUGACUUCCUGUACGUGGGACUACAUGACCUUCACGCCAUCUGUGCGAGCGUACACCAUGAUGCUCUUCCUCUUUGUCUUUUUCCUGCCGCUCUUCGUCAUCAUUUGCUGCUAUUUCUUUAUCUUCCGAGCCAUACGCACCACCAACCGGGCUGUUGGAAAGAUUAAUGGUACAGUCAUCAGCCGUGACUCGGUGAAGAGUUUCCAUCGGCUGCAGAACGAGUGGAAACUGGCAAAAAUCGCUUUGAUAGUCAUUCUGCUCUACGUGGUCUCCUGGUCACCAUACUCCUCUGUUGCCCUGACCGCCUUCGCCGGAUAUGCAGACAUGCUGACUCCAUACAUGAACUCUGUUCCUGCCGUCAUCGCCAAAGCCUCCGCCAUCCACAACCCCAUCAUCUACGCUAUUACACACCCCAAAUACCGGAUAGCAUUAGCAAAGUACAUUCCCUGUCUGGGUUUCUUGCUGUGUGUCAGCUCUCGUGACCUCCGCUCAGCCAGCAGCAGCUUUGUAUCAACACGACGAUCCACUGUCACCAGUCAAACCAGUGACACCAGCGGACACUUCAGACGCCACAGCACCGGCAAGUCUCGCCUCUCCUCUGCCUCCGACAGUGAAUCGGGUUGGACAGACACUGAAGCCGAUUUGUCCAGUUUGGGCUCCAGACCGGCCAGUCGGCAGGUUUCCUGUGACAUCAGCAGAGACACCGCCGAGCUGCCUGACUUCAAACCCUCCCCCUCCUCUAGCUUCCAGUCCAAGGUGAAGAACCAUGACUCAGGCAUCUUUGAGAAGACAUCCUAUGACACAGACAUCUCUAUGUCAGUUGUCAACCACAGCGAGCGUGGAGGCAUCACAGCUAGCAGUGAUUUAGCCGAUGGUCACGUGACGAGAGGCAUGAUUGGUCGGAUCCCGAGCAUUGUCAUCACCUCAGAAUCCAGCCCCUUCCUUCCCAAUGGUCGAACCAGCUCACGCUCUUCCCGCCCCAGGGUAGGUAAUAGCAGCACAGGGGCGGGGAUCGUUUCUAAGGAGACUGCACAGGGCUCUGCCCUUCCCAGCGGGUUGAGUGACGGCUCAGGUCAAACUAUCUGA